CCGUCUAUAAAGGUUGAAAGUUGAGAGCUUCCUCUCUCUCAUCUAGGGUUCUACUUUUAUUAGUUCUUACCGAUCUGCAACAAGCUCAAAUUUUGAUUGGAAGCUUCGCGAAUUACGAUUUCGCUCAGCUCCAAUUCCGCGAUGCCGAGGUACUACUGCGAUUACUGCGACACUUACCUCACGCACGAUUCCCCUUCUGUUAGAAAACAACAUAAUGCAGGGUACAAGCACAAGGCAAAUGUACGAAGUUAUUAUCAACAAUACGAAGCACAACUAAAUCAAAGUUUGAUAGACCAAAAAGUUAAGGAGCAUCUCGGGGCUUUCAGGCCUCCCGUUGCUCCUUAUCCAAGGCCUGGUCUUCCAGUUCUGCCUACGCCACUUCCAGGACAAUUCCUGCCUGGUGCGCCUUUUAGACCUCCAGUAUUGCCAAGACCGAUGCCUGGACCUCCUGGAUAUGCACCAAUCCCACCACACAUGGUGCCUCCACCGGGUGCGCCUCAUCCAGGUCAAAUGAACGGACUCCAAAGACCCGUGGCAGCUCCUCCUCCUCCUCCAAUGGUUCCGGGGAGUGGUGGAAUCCCCACGAGUGGUGGGGCCCCGGCGAUGUUUCCUCCUCCACCCUACCAAGGUAACAUGUCAUUACCUACGAGCGGAGGUAGCGAUGGUUCAGCGCCUAGCGCUCCGGCUCCCGAGGCUAAUCAGUAGUCUUGAGUUUGUCCUUGUAUUCCUCAUUGGUAACUUUGUGACGUUAAGGAAGAUGAUGAGAAUUUGUACAAAGAAUUUUUUAUUUGUAGAAGAAAGGCUGUUUUCGCGUCGGAGGAGCUUGGGCUUCAAAUGUAUUAGGAGCAUUGAUAAAGAAAAAAAAAAACACACUCCAAUUUCUUGGGUCUUGGACAGUUGGACUGCUUGAAAUGUACUUGUAGAAAAUUGAACCAACCAAUUUGUUGCGGAUGAACAUUUUUUUUAUCUGAUGAGUUAACAUUCGCCUUUGUAAUAGUUUGCAAAUAAACAAAGUAUUGUAGAA